AAGUGGGUUGUUUGGGUAAAAAACCCCCAGCUCACCCUCCACUUUCUCUCUCUCCGUCUCGUGAUCCAGCUCGUGAUGACGAUGGACAACUCCGGUCACCGGAAACCUAGCAGUUUUCGAGGCGAACCCUUAUCUCACCGGCGAUCUUGGUGCUGCUCUUUCGCCGUACCUCCGUCGAGCCCCGAUACUCUCUCAGUCGCCUCACGUCACCACAACCACACCAGGUCUCGUCAACAUCGGGCAAAACCUGACCCGGUUGAGAAAUCAGGACCCAUUUCCGUUCCAUGUUCGCCGCAAAGCUCCAAAUCGAGUUUAAACAUCGUGGGUCGGAUCGGCCCACGUCGGAUCUUAUCCCCGGGUCGGGUUUCUCCCAUCGAUUCGGAUCCCACCUUCGAUUCAAUCCAAGAGAACAGUUGCGACGCCGAGAUGGUUGUGACGGAUUCAGUGCCGAAAUCGCGGUCGGGGAGUUUCCGAGCGCCGAAGAUUGAACUAUCGGUCUCGGUUGCGGGUGUGAGUCCGGGUCCGCUUCCGAAUUCGGGUGCGGCUCCAGAUUGUGGGUCGGAGAAGGUGGAUGGUUUCGACGCGAGGCUGUGUCUGAAAGGGAGAAACGGUGAGCUUUUAAUCCUGGAGCUGAGUUCGGAGAUUUUAGCGGCGAAUUCGGAGGUUUUCGCGGCAUUGAUUGCAGAGAGCAAGAAGGGUCCUUCUUCCUCUUCUUCUCCGUCUUCAUUUUCGGGGUUUAAGAACACUUGCAGAAUUGAAGUAUCGGAUAUGGUGAAUCUUGGGGUUUUCAGGGAAACUAUAGAGCUCAUGUUCGAGAACGAUGAUUGCAUCGUCAAAAAGUUAAUGAAAAUGGGUGUCUACAGAGCCAUUGAUGUUCUUGAGGUAGCCACUGGCAUUAAAUUUUCAAGAGCUGUCAUGUCCUGUCUAAGAUACCUUGAAGCUGUUCCUUGGACCGAGGAAGAAGAGGAAAAACUAAGGGUAGUUCUUACGAUGUUUAACUUUGAUGUUGCUGCAACCAGUGAAAUCUUAGCAAGAUUAAAGUCAAAUGAGACCGAAGGUUCACAUCAGAGCCUAUCAAAGCAACUGGUUUGGUCAAUUACCUCCGGCACUGAUGCCAAUGCUAGAAACGAGCUCAAGUCAUUGGUAAAGGGUCUUCUUUGCAAAAGUUCAGUCUAUGAGAAAGUACAACCUGAGCUCAGCAGGGAAGACAUCUACACAGCAUGCAACUCUUGUUUGGAUUCGCUAGCUGACCUUAUCAAAGAGGCCUCUGGUACUACUCAGACUAAUGCAGAGAUAAGACAGACAAGUAAAUGCAAGCCUUUGAUCGAACGUGUUUCAAGACAGGUGGAUAACAUCAAUUGGCUGCUAGAGAUAAUGGUUGAUCGACAAAUAGGUGAGGGUUUUGUUGAUAUAUGGGCGAAGGAAAGAAGACUAGUGGAAAUGCAUGAGAUGGCGUCUCCAAUGGUGAGGUACGAGUUGAGCAGAGUUUCCGGGGUUCUGUUCAUAGCAAUGGGAACGAGAAAACUGCAAUGCAGAACGGAAACGAGGUUGGGGCUUUUAGAAGCAUGGUAUAGGCCGAUGUUAGUGGACUUUGGUUGGCUCAAACGGUGCAAGAAGGGGCUCGAUGUGCGGCAGCUAGAGGAGGGGUUAGGCCAGACUCUACUAACACUUCCUCUUAAACAGCAGUAUCCGCUGUUCAUGGAAUGGUUCAGGAGGUUCUCCAAGGAGGGGACCGAGUGUCCUAAUCUCAGCAAGGCGUUUCAGAUUUGGUGGCGUAGGUCAUUCCUGCGAGGUUCAGAGACACAUAAUGUCGAGCCUAGGUGAUUUGAAGUCAUCCUGUGUUUUCUUUUUUUUUUCUUUUUUUUUUGUUUCUGUCUCCACUUCCCUGUGUUUGUGUAGUCUUCUUUGACUUAGAGAGUGUAGCAGGUGUGAUCUUGAAACAUGAGGAAGUGUCACUAACAGUGUAGCUUAGCUAGCUAUAUGCCUUUGUGGAAUUUAGAGUGGAGGACACAGGCCUUUUUUGUCCCCCUCCCUGGUUAAUCUCCUUGUGAUGCU